AUGCUUUCAUCAAGAGCAACAGUCAGACUCUGCGCGCCUAAACAAGGCACCGCCCAGCUCGUCCGGGUAGCCGCGCUCCACGGCUUCGGCACCUCGUCCUACGCGACGGUCUACCCGGCGAGCCUGCGACUCUCGGAAUCCGCGUCUCAUCAGCAGCACAGCAACUUCUCGACGACCCGCGCCGCCCAGCUCCGCGACUUCUUCCCCGCCAAAGAGACGGAACACAUCCGCACCACGGCGCCGGCAUGGCCGCACCCGGGGUACACGGAGAAGGAAAUGCUCGACAUCGUCCCGGAUCAUCGCGCGCCGCGCACCGCCGGCGACUGGGCGGCUUGGAAGUUCGUCCGCCUGGCCAGAUGGUGCAUGGACCGCGCCACGGGCCUGGGCGCCGAGCAGCAGGUCGACAAGAAGAACCCCACGACGGCCGUGGUCGCUGAUAAGCCGCUCACCGAAGCCCAAUGGCUUGUGCGGUUCAUCUUUCUUGAGAGUAUUGCCGGAGUUCCGGGCAUGGUAGCCGGUAUGCUUCGUCACCUCGGCAGCCUGCGACGCAUGAAGCGCGACAACGGCUGGAUCGAGACGCUCUUGGAGGAGUCGUUCAACGAGAGGAUGCACCUGUUGACGUUCAUGAAGAUGUCGGAGCCCGGGUGGUUCAUGAAGACCAUGAUCCUCGGCGCCCAGGGCGUCUUCUUCAACGGCUUGUUCCUGACGUACCUCAUCUCGCCCAAGAUCACCCACCGCUUCGUCGGGUACCUGGAGGAGGAGGCCGUGCACACGUACACGCGCUGCAUCCGCGAGAUCGAGGAGGGCCUGCUGCCCAAGUGGUCCGACCCCAACUUCGCCAUCCCGGACAUCGCGGUGCAGUACUGGAGGAUCCCGGAGGAGAAGAGGACGAUGAAGGAUCUCAUCCUUUACAUCAGAGCCGAUGAGGCCGUCCAUCGUGGCGUCAACCAUACCCUGAGCAACCUCAACCAAAAGGAGGACCCGAACCCCUUCGUCAGCGAGUACAAGGAGGGCGGGAAACCCAACGCCGCGUUGAAGACGCAGGGCUUCGAGCGUGAAGAGGUCAUCUAA